AACAGGAGCAGAGGAGCAGAGGACCGAGGAAGAGCAGGAGGAAGAGGAAGAGGAUGUUGACAUCGCGACAUGGCGCUCUCGGGCAGACGAGUGGCAAGGCGACGGCGUGGGUGUGCCUCAGUUGCCGGACAAAACGACACCGCAGAGGCCAACACACGGUAGCGGACACCAACACGACGACCGAUGUGGUGGAUGGUCACGGACGGCCCAUCGUCAGAAGACACAUGAUUGGCAACAGAAUCAAGCGUCCGCGAGUCGAGACGCACUCAUGGGAAAAGGCGAAGAUUGGAAUACCGGCUGUAGAGUAUGCCGAAAAAAUCGCCUGCUUGGAUAUCAAGUCAUUUGCCGAGCAUGUUCACCCAAGCAUCGGCCAGGAGCUCCAGAUCAAGUUCUCAAAGGGGCGGAGGCUCAAGGCGAAGGUUAGAGAUCACAAAGUUGCAGAGGGUGCUAGGCGCUACGACUGGACGGUUGGCCCCAAGCCAUCGGCUUUCAGGAAAGGCUCUUGGAUGUCUAUUAACCACGAGGGUUUCAAAUUUGAUAUUGAAGCAGCCUCGGAUGAAUCGAUCCAGAGGGCUUCCGGGACAGGAAAGGGCAAAGGUCCAGCUAGUCAAGAGCUUGCCUUCGAGCAGAGUGACGGUUCCUUCUUAGCCAGGAAGAAGUUGCACAACAGUCGUGUUGGCAGACACUCAGAGGAGUUGCUUAUGGCCAUCGAUGAGCAGAAGUCCGCGAUUCAAGACAUGGAAGCAGCACGGAAGAAUGAGCGAGCCCAAGUCGCCGCCAACCAGGAGAGCACCGUGAGCAGCGCAGCUGCUACAGCUCGACCAACCUCGUCUGAAAACGAUUUUGCAGAGCAGAGGAUCCUGGAUCGCUCCUCUUGGGGGAAUAUCGCUGUCUAUCAGAAUCCCAACCAUGACUUUCUGGGAUUAGUUUCAAGACAAUGUGCACAGCAUGCUAAUGACAAGCAGAAGCCGUGUCCCGCCCUGCCGAGGUUGAGUUCAUACAAUCUAUCUCGAACUUGGCCAAUGCAGUCAAACGUGAGACACAUAUUCGCCUGGCAGACAGCGCAGCCAGCCCAGCAGCUUCGAGCCUACCACUCUUCGCAUACACAUGAUCUACAAGUUGCCCCAGCAGAGAGCUUGGACAGCUUUGAACGCUCCAGUGCCAACGUUGAUGCAUCUACCAAGCCUCCUGAUCCAAUCUCCGAGAAGCGUGGUGGAAUCAGAGCACAGCUACGACAGUGGCAAGAAUUGCAUGGCCGCGAGGAACUUAUGCCGGACUUACCUCCUGAGGACGAUGGACCGAUUGAUUUCGAGACACCAUACAACAGCCUAACACGACUACCGAAUGCGCAGAGCAUGAACCAAGAGGCUGAAAAAGCAAGCGAAGAGAAUGAUCGCAUUGCAUUCUUCAGUGACAACAAGGAAGGUUUUGAAGGCACCUCCAAAGAGCAGAGCCGUUUCUUGGAACCUGGGGAUUUAGUCGAGCUGGAAUUUUUGCACACAGAGAGGGAAAGCGUGAUGGCCAUCUACGUUCGCAGAGUUGCGAAAGGUACGGGCCAGUUCCUUACCUUGAACGGGCGUUGGCAGCACGUAAAUGAGGGUGCCAUACCUUUCAGUGUUCCCGGCUGGAUUAAUCCAAAGAUGCUAGAACCUUUGCUCAAGUACCUGCCAGAUCCUCAGAACGAGGCUGAUCUCAAGCAGCUCCGGUUGCAGUCCAAGACUGAAGAUCUCGACGUACCCAGGGAAGUUUCAUCUCAUCUCGUUGCCCGUCUUCAGGAAUUUGCGGAUGAAGUGCGCGAGCUGUAUCGGCGCAAUGCCAGUGCAUUGGACGAUGCUCACAACCUCCUGGCCCACGAAACCGAUCUUCGCUAUGGAUCAGUUGUCUCGGCGGCAGCGACACUUCUCAAUAUGCCCGUGAGUAAGCUGCCAUUGGCGGCACUCUUCACAGUCCGCAAAGCGCUUGCAAAUGGUGGUUUUGGUUUCAACAUUGAUCGCCGUUCCCACCGCUUGACGGGUUACAUGCAGAUUCGCAGCAAAGAACAGGUCAGAAUGGUGGAGCAAGUGCGUGUAUGGAUCCGGCAGUGGCAGGAAGAUUCGGCACUGAAGGCGAGCAUGGACGCAGAACGUGCUAGGAAGUACAGGUCGACCAAAGGAGCUCAAAUCAUGUACAGCUUCCUCGAGAAGUCCCGCAGGAUCAUCCAAAGACAGCGACAAAACCGCGACGCUGUGCCGGAAUCUGGCAAUGUAGGUCCCAGCAAGACGCGACUGUCUUUGCAAAUGCAUAAAGAGACCGUCUCGGUCGAGAUGGGCAAUGAAUUCACUGAGGAAGAGUCCCAAAUUGUAAAGUUCAUCGAAGCAUGGUGCUGCAGCAACAUGUUUCUUGGUCUCACACGCAUUGAGAGCUUACCGCCACUAAUUUUACAUGCUCUCGGGGUGUAUCCAGACUCCGACCUCAAGAUGUCGAUAGGAUAUUUGUUCUUGCAAGAGCUCGGCACAAUUGUCCCGUACGAGAAUCGUGUCCGUUUCGACCAAUACCUUCUUCUACCCAGCUCGCAGCACAGCAAGCCACUACAGAAAUUGAUGACGGCUGUUCUGGGCAUGAGGGAAACCCCCAACUUUUACGAUUCCAUGUCAGAUCUUCGACACGACUGGAAAGAUCUGCCUGUCUACUGCAUUGAUGAUGCAUCCGCGAAGGAGAUUGAUGAUGGCCUCUCUAUUGAGGAUGCUGGUGUUGGUGCGGAUGGGAAGCAGCAGCACUGGAUGCACAUCCACAUUGCCAAUCCUACGGCUUUCUUCAGUCGCGAUCAUCCGCUCGCGAAGAUGGCCCGGCACAUGGGCGAGACACUGUAUAUGCCCGAACGCACCUACAUGAUGUUGCCGCAAUGGUCCACAGCCCGUCACUUUAGUCUGGCGCCCAACAGGCCAUGUCUGACCUUCAGUGCGAAGAUCGAUUGUGACGGCCACUUGCUGGAGACCAAGGUGAGACCCGGCAUUAUUCGGAACGUUUUUCGCGUUACGUACGAUGAGAUCCAAGAAGUGCUGGGAGAUGGAGGUCGUCACGUGCAACCUGAAAAGAUCAUCCUCACUGUCGGAGGCGCACCUCCGCCCUCCCGUGAUCACAUUAGUGACGCCGGAAUCCUCGCGGACGGGAACUUGAGCGAUAUUCGGAAACUCAGGGAUCUCGCCCUCGCCCGGUCUGCAAUCCGAAGAAGAGCAGGUGGUAUCUUCUUUGAGCAACAUCAUCCCGACAUGCGCGUGUGGCAGGGCACCAGAAGUCCAGGUCUCGCGUGGGACCAUCCUCACCGCAAAGGCUCACGCACCAUCCGCGGCGAUCCUAUCAUUCAAAUGCAAUCGCAACGCCUGGUCAACUACUUUACGGCCUCUCGAGAAAAUUCCCAAGUCCUCGUCAGCGAAGCCAUGUUGUUGUGUUCGGAGAUCGCUGCCAGAUACUGCGCUGAUCGGAACAUCCCCAUCAUAUACCGUGGCACCGUGGACAUCGCUCUGCCUGGAGACGAGCAACCGAAAGAACAACAAUGGAAAGAUUUCCUCGCCCAAGGCAAAGACCUCCCCAUGCAUCUCGGCCUCCCCUACCUCCACUCUUUCGGCCACACGGUCCUCCGCACUCGGCCUCUGAAACACGCCUAUCUCGGAAUGGACUACUACGCCAAAGUCACUUCUCCCCUGCGAAGAUACGGGGACAUGAUUCUUCACUGGCAAAUCGAAGCCGCUCUGAGAUAUGAGGCGUCAUCGGGGCAGAGUUUGCUCGCGCAAGCGAACGACAAGAAUGCAAAACAUGACCGAACCUUUCUCCCCUUCUCCACUUCGGCGCUCGAAACCAUCAUGGUCGGUCUCCAACCGCGAGAAACCAUGAUCACUCGCGCGAAACGGUACUCGAACGAUUUCUGGGCUGCCAUGCUUCUUUUCCGCAUGUUCCACUACAAAGAAGGUGGUGCCGGACCAGUGCCCACCUCGACCGAUGUGUCCUUUGCUGGUGCUCUGCCACCUGGAGAAGGUGGGUUCCCCUACGAGACGUUGACGGUAUUUCUCCCGAAUAGCCCCGACGGCGCGAGGCAUGACACCCUCGGUGGUAUUUGUUUGGAGAUGAGUGUGGGAGUCGAAAUGAUGAAACCAGGGUAUGUGGAUUCGGGAAUGGAGCAGCCUAUGCAGGGUGAUGUGUGGGAGGUAGGUUUAGAGAGGGUCGACGUGUACCUUCGGAAGAUUGUUUGUCGGCCGAAGCGGUUGGUAGGGAGAGAUGCGUUAUAAUCUUUAUUGAUUGGGGAUUUGUGAAAUUAUAGAUGAUAAAUGCGGGUAGGAGGAAGGUUCUACUCCAAUACCUAAGGUACGUAAACUUACCCAUAGGUACUUCAUCGACGUCGUUCCUAGCAGCAAAAAAGACUCGUACUCUUCUCUAUAUAGACGCGGGCUACUCUUUCC